UAAAAAGUUGGAGUAAAAAUCUGGAGGUCUGUUACAGUGUUUUAUUUUUUACGGUGUUUCUUGGAAUGAGUUCGAAGUAACAUAAGUGGAGUUUUUAAGUGACCAAUAAAUAAAUGAAGGAAUCUCGCCAACCGUACGAGAUGCUCGUCGUCUCCAACAGUAAAGGAAGCAAGUUCCUCCUGGGUUUCGUCAUCUUCUGCUUCAUCAUCAUCUGCGUCCUGUAUCAGUUCAGCUCGGUGUUCAUAGAUGUCCCCAUGACAGGCUUUAAUAGAAGCUUUUACACACAAAAAUACUCGGAUCCCCCGACAACUAAAAGUGACGACUUAAAAGAGACUAUAGAUCCUAACAAGGUGUUAACAGACGACAGUCCUAGUUGGUCCGAAGACAAUCUUCUGGAGGAUAUUCAGCAGAACUUGCCCAAUCUCCCAGUUCUGAAUUGGGAAAAGAAGCCGGCGAGAUUCAACAAAUCGUGCGCCAAAUUUCCUUCGAUGUACGACUUGGAAUUCAACAACAUCUACUGGCAAACACUGGAAACUUCCAACGGAACCUUUCAGCUGUACGGAGCUUACUUAGACGACAGGACCAACAACACUUUGGGCCCUACAGUCAGAAUAUUGGGGAUGAUAAACAGAAAAGAACCCACCGUCGUCACGUUCUGUCAGUUCUGGUUCGAUGGGAUGUCGAAGCCGGUGUUGGAAAAGAGUUUCGAGUACAGAUACGUAUGGAACAAAAGAUGGGGAACCUUCAAGCAAGGCAUGUACCAGCCUUACCUUAUCGCCUGUAUCAUUCCCAAAGAAUUUCUAAACAGCACCCCUAAGUCUAUCUCUUUGGUGGAGAAGCAGUGCGAUACCCCCACCAAUAACUUGAGAGUCUUCUAUGAAAAACCCGAGACGAAAAAGGACUUUGCUGUGUGCGUCAAAGGACUGGAUUUCUUGCACGAAGACCUGUCGGUGAGACUAGUCGAGUGGAUCGAGAUCAUGAAACUUCUAGGGGUUGAUAAAAUCUUCUUUUACGAGUUGCAGGUGCACCGGAAUAUCAGCAAGGUGUUGACACACUACGAACGAGAAGGAGUGGUGGAAGUGACUCCUACCAACCUAGCGGCGGGCCAGCCGAACUUGCCUUCUUUCCAGCAUCUCUACCUCAAGAAGAAACUGGUUCAAAAGCGCCUGAACGAGCUCAUUCCCUAUAACGACUGUUUCUACAAGCACAUGUACCAGUACAAGUACAUAGCUUUGCUGGAUAUCGACGAGGUGAUAGUGCCCGUGAAGGGCGCCACGUGGAAGGAGUUGAUGGAGAUGAUUCUACCCAAGGCCCUGAAGGACGGCAAGGGGGAGAGGGGUUCGUUUAACGCGCGAAACGUUUAUUUCCUGGACGACUUGAUCCACGACAACGACACGUUUGAGGACAUACCAAGAUACAUGUACAUGUUACAACACGUCUACCGCACCGAAAACUACACCAAACCCGGUUUUAACAUCAAAAGCUUUCACAACACCGAAAAGGUGAUCGCACUGCACAACCACUUCCCGCUCAGCUGCCUAGGCGACGGUUGUAGGAACUACGCCAUCGACCCUAACGACGCCAGGAUGCACCACUAUCGAGGGAACUGCAUGAAGACCUUAAAGGGCUGCGACGUGUACCGUAACACGAGGGUAAAGGACACGACGAUGUGGAAAUUCAAGGAUUCGCUGGUAGCCGCGGUGUCUUCCACUUUGAGGACUUUGGGCUUCUUCCCUAGCGCGGGAGGUUGAGUUACUUCGAAUAGAGUUAGGGAAUAUCUUUUUUUAUGUGUGAUAUUACAAAAAACUAUGUACAUAUAUCAGUAUUACGCUUAUUA